AUGGAUCAGAAAAAGCUGCGCAUUCUAUGUCUACACGGAUAUCGCCAAUGCGACCAGAGCUUCAGGCAGAAAACCGGGAGCACCCGAAAAUUGGUGAAGAAUUUGGCGGAUUUCGAAUUUGCCAAUGCGCCGCACACAGUGAUUGGUGAUCAGAAUGGUGAGGAAUUUUUUGACACCAAAUUUGGGUGGUUUUGGUUCAAAAUUCAGGAAUUUUGAGAAAAUUCUGCAUUUUUUUGACACCAAAUAUGCGAAAAAAUGCAAAUUUUACUCAAAAUUCAUCAAUUUUUCGUUUCAAGUCGAAAAAAAUUAUUAAAAAAACCUUUUUCCGUUGACUGAGUAUCAAAUGUAGUAGAUACGCAGCUAAAUCGAAUUGGCUGCGUACUUCUAGAGACACAUUAGAUACUCAGCCAACAAAAAAUGCAAAAUUUGGUUGCGUACAAAUUUUUAACUGAGUAUCAAAUAUAAAUACCAAUUUUUGGCGGCUAAAUUUUGAAUUUGAAUUUUUUCCCUGAGUAUCAAAUUUACGUAGAUACGCAGCCAAGUUAAUCGGGAAACACAUUAGAUACUCAGCCAACAAAAAAUGCAAAAUUUGGUUGCGUACCAAUUUUUAACUGAGUAUCAAAUGUAAAUGUAGUAAUUUUUGGCGGCUAAAUUUUCGAAUUUGAAUUUUUUCCACCUGAGUAUCAAAUUUACGUAGAUACGCAGCCAAAUUAAUCUGGAAACACAUUAGAUACUCAGCCAACUCAAAAUGCUGCAAAUUGCACGUGGAAUCUAACAUGAGCAAUGUUUUUUUUUAGUAUUUUUUAAUUCGACUUGAAUCACCCCAUGAGAGAAAUCUGAAUUUUUCCCGCCAAAAAAAUCCACUCAAAAUUUUCCAGUCGAGACCAGUCGCGCCUGGUGGUUCUCCAACGCGUCGCAAAUGUCAUUUUCGUCACGGGAACCCACGGAAAUCGCUGUGGGAUUCGAGGAAUCCAUCGAGACGUUGCUGGAUUUUAUCCAAAAAAAUGGACCGUUUGAUGGGCUGAUGGGAUUUUCGCAGGUAAUUCAAUUUGCCACGUCAUAACUCUUAUCCAGGUUUUUUUUUAAACCAGGGCGCCUCAAUGGUUCACCUUUUGUUGGCAAAAGCCGAGUUGGGACAAAUCCAGCUGCCUGGAAUUCGAUUUGCCAUGUUUUUUAGUGGAUUUUUGAGCUUGUCAGAGAAGCAUAGGGAUUUGACUGAAACUGUCAUCAACAAUAUACUAAGUGUGAGUUUUUGGGGCUGAAAAUUCGGCCAGAAAUCAUGAUUUUGCUUCCUGGAGAAAAAACAUGGUUUUUUGAAUGAAAAUUGAGCUCUGGAGCAUUUCAGGUCAAAUUUUUGAGAUUUUUCAAGAAAAAUUGCGCUUGGCAUCAUUUUUCUAGCUGAAAAAUUCAGAUUUUCGAGCAAAAUUGAAGCCCAAGAGCCAGUAGUAAUUGGAAAUUUUUCAGGCUGAAUCUGAGCUCUAGACCUUUUUUCUAGCUGAAAAUUCAUAUUUUUGAGCAAAAUUGAGCUCUGGAGCUUGAAAAAUCUAACUUUCAGGUUCAAGAUGAGCUCUAGAGCAUUUCCGAUCAAAUUUUUGAUAUUUUUCAUGAAAAAUUGAGCUUGGCAUCAUUUUUCUAGCUAAAAAUUCAGAUUUUCGAGCAAAAUUGAGCCCAAGAGCCAGUAAAAAUUGAGCUUGGGAGCAUUUUUCAGCCUGAAAAUCCCAAUUUUCAAGCUCCAGAGCUUAAUUUUGCUCAAAAAUAUGAACUUUUAGCUAGAAAAAUGCUCCAAAGUUCAGAUUCAGCCUAAAAAUUCGAUUUUUCAAGCUCAAAAAUCCAUAUAAAAUAAUUUCUGGAGUUUUCAGCUGCACGUUUCUGGAACAUCCGACGAAAUUGUGGCAAAAGAGAAGAGUGAUUUGUUGGCUCAACGCUUCUCAAUUCCACCAAUUCGAAUAAAUCACGAUGGCGGACAUUUGGUGCCAGCAAUGUCGAAGUGGAAAAUGGAGCUGGCGGAUUUUUUGAAACAGCAGCAGAUUUUGUGA